GGCACCGAGGGAGAGCCUGAGGAGGCUCCAGCCCGGCCCAGUGUGACCAGCACUGACCCCCGGCCCAGCCCUGGCUGCAGCUGCGGCUGCCACAGCACUCGGCCAGAGAGGACACCCAGGGUGACACCGCAGGUCAUUGAUAUCUGGGACCAGGGGACCUGCUGGACGGCUAUGAAGAGCUCUGUGCUCUGAGUGAACAAAGCCACCGUGGGCCCGGAGACGCAGAAGUGACUUCCAGAGGAUCAUCUCAGAAGCUCAGCCUGUAGGGUGGAGAACUUGUAAUCUGUUUGUGCUGACCCCAGAAAACUGAGCAAAGCAUCAUGAGCAGCCAUCAGACAGUAAAAAUCUUCAAGAAAUCUUCUAUCCCAGGAGUUGUUAUCACCCAGUUUGUGAAUGAUGUUCCAGAAGGAUGCAGUACACCUGAUUUUGAGAAGAAACCACUCACUCUGACACUGCAGGAAGGUAAAAAUGCCAUUUUCAGAGCUGUGGUCAAAGGUGUCCCAGCCCCUGAGGUGAAAUGGUCGCGUACACGGAAAGGAAUGGAUGAUCCUGCCAAAUAUGAAAUGUCCUUCAACAGUGCUACAAAUGAAUUCAUUCUGCAGAUCAAGAGCCUGGUUCUGGAUGACAGUGAUUUGUAUCGCUGCUAUGCUGUCAAUGCCUACGGAGAGGCCUCGUGCUCUGCUGGCCUCAGGAUCAUCCAAGUUGGCUUUAAGAGGAAGGCAAAAUAUGUUCCUGUUCAUGCUGCUGAUGAGCUCAGGAAGACACUCCUGGAGUCCAAGAAGCUGCUGAGGAAGAGGGUCGUAGCACCAAAACCAAAGCCCCUGGACAAAGAAGCUGUGUGGCAGCUGUUGCUGCAUGCAGAUAAGAGAGAUUAUGAGAAAAUCUGUAUGAAAUAUGGAAUUGUUGACUUCCGUGGGAUGCUGAGGAAGCUGCAGGAGAUAAGGAAGGACACAGAGACUGAACAAGACAAGUUCAUUCACAGUCUCAGAAACUUUGAACACAUCAAAGUCAACAAGGAGGGAAAUGCUACGUUCAGCCUGGAGAUGGAGCUGAAAAGCAGAAACAGCAAGGUUUACCUGCUCAAGGACGGCGAGCGGCUCCGGUACGGGACAGGGGACGAGUACAGGAAGCACUGCCUGAGGAGAGUUGGGAGAAGGUACCGCUUCACUAUCAAUGAUGUGCAGCCAGAGGAUGCAGGGGUGUACCAGGUCAGGGUGGAGGACAUCCCCAUCUUCUCAACUGAACUGGAUGCUCAAGCCAUCCCGGUGCGGUUCCGGCAGCCGCUCUCCGACGUGCGCUGUGCCGAGGCUGGGGACGCUGAGUUCCAGUGUGUGCUGUGCACGCCCUGCCACGAGCCCCUGUGGCUGCACAAAAGCCACCUCCUCCAGGCCAGUGACAAGCACCAGAUCUCUGUGACACCUGAUGGCCUGACCCACAAGCUGAUUGUCAGGAAUGCGGUGCCCUCGGACAGUGGCCUGUACACACUCGACGCGGGACAGGGCUCCUCCAGUGCCUGGCUCCUCGUGGAGUAUGCCAAAGGAAAGAGGAGACAGGAUGAAGGAGAAAAGAUUGAAAGGGAGACAUCUGAGUGGCUGAAAGAAACAAUGGCAGACAAUGAAAGGGCAAGGAAGCUUCGGCGCCAAGAACAAGCUGGUGAUGAAGAUCAUCCUUCCUUUUCUACAUCCCCUCGUGUGGAGAAAACUGGCUGGUACAGAACUGGCCAAGGCAGCAGCCAAGGCAGGGGCCAAGGACACUCCAUUGAUCCUGAUGAUGGAAGCCAAAGAUUUUUGGGAAAAGAGGGGCUACGCAAAACCCACAUAAAUGGAGAGAUGGGAUCUGGGCAGUUUUCUGGAGCAGGUCUAGAUGGAGACUCAGGGGCCAAUGAUGGCAGCACCUUUGGACUAAAAGGCUUAGGAGGCAGAAGUGGGUUAAGGGCUGUCCAUGGUAUGGACGCUGUCUCAGGCAGAGCAGGUCCUGGUGGUGCAGUAGGAGGGGCAGGCGAAUGGAAUUCUGUGGAUGGCAGAGGUGAGGGUGUGCUGGGUGCUGUUAACAUUGACAUGGAUGAUGGAGAAGGUUUGGGCUCUCAGCAUGACAAGGAUGGGAAUUUAGGUGAUGCCAGUUACAGAGCUGGUUUUGGGGGUGCUGGGAGGUUGGGUGGUGGAAGUUCUGUGCCAGAUGGGCUUGAUCCUGAUUCAACUGGAGUGGGAGCCAGUGUGGGUGAUCUGUUCAGCAGGACUCAUCCAGGAACUGGAGCUGGGGGAGAUGCUGCAGGUGCUGGAAUGGCAGGAAGAAUGAGGUCCCACCAUGGCAAGGAUGGGCAUCCCACUGUGGGUGAUAAGAACGGAGCAGGUAUAAACAGAGAGGGACAAACAGGGACUCCCUAUGGCCUGACACCUCAUGCCAGUGGUCAGUUAGGGCAGGCAGAAAGGUCUGGCUCUCUGUAUGUGCCAGGAGGCCUUCCAGGUGGAGAUAGGGCUAUUGCUGGUGCAGGUGGAAAUUUCACAGGAGAAAUGGAGGCUUUAUAUGGUCCAGAUGGUCAGGCACUGGGAGCAGGUGCUGGUGGUGCUGGUGGGGCUGGUGUAGGGGGAUUUGGAGCUCCCUAUGGGAAGGAUGGUCUCCCAGCUGGGGCUGGUGGUACUGGAGCACGGGGACUUGGAUCUCCAUAUGGAAAGGAUGGUCUCCCAGUUGGAGCAGGCAUUGGUGGGGCUGGUACAGGCGGAUUUGGAGCUCCCUAUGGAAAGGAUGGUCUCCCAGUUGGAGCAGGUGCUGGUGUUGGUGGUACUGCUGGUGCAGGGGUAUUUGGAUCUCCCUAUGGAAAGGAUGGUCUCCCAGUUGGAGCAGGCAUUGGUGGGGCUGGUGUUGGUGGUACUGCUGGUGCUGGUGCAGGGGUAUUUGGAUCUCCCUAUGGAAAGGAUGGCCUCCCAGUUGGAGGAGGUGCUGGUGGGGCUGGUGGUGCAGGCGGACUUGGAGCUCCCUAUGGAAAGGAUGGUCUCCCAGUUGGAGUAGGCACUGGUGCAGCUGGUGGUGCAGGCGGACUUGGAGCUCCCUAUGGAAAGGAUGGUCUCCCAGUUGGAGUAGGCACUGGUGCAGCUGGUGGUGCAGGAGGACUUGGAUCUCCCUAUGGAAAGGAUGGUCUCCCAGUUGGAGUAGGCACUGGUGGGGCUGGUGGUGCAGGAGGACUUGGAGCUCCCUAUGGAAAGGAUGGUGUCCCAGUUGGAGUAGGCACUGGUGGGGCUGGUGGUGCAGGAGGACUUGGAGCUCCCUAUGGAAAGGAUGGUCUCCCAGCUGGAGCAGGUGCUGGUGGGGCUGGUACAGGCGGAUUUGGAGCUCCCUAUGGAAAGGAUGGUCUCCCAGCUGGAGCAGGUGCUGGUGGUGCAGGGGGAUUUGGGGAGGCUUUGUAUGGUCCAGAUGGUCGGCCACUUGGAGCAGGUGUUGGUGGUACUGCUGGUGCUGGUGCAGGGGUAUUUGGAUCUCCCUAUGGAAAGGAUGGCCUCCCAGUUGGAGCAGGCAUUGGUGGGGCUGGUGGUGCAGGAGGACUUGGAGCUCCCUAUGGAAAGGAUGGUCUCCCAGUUGGAGUAGGCACUGGUGCAGCUGGUGUAGGGGGACUUGGAGCUCCCUAUGGAAAGGAUGGUGUCCCAGUUGGAGCAGGCACUGGUGGGGCUGGUGGUGCAGGAGGACUUGGAGCUCCCUAUGGAAAGGAUGAUGUCCCAGUUGGAGCAGGCAUUGGUGGGGCUGGUGGUGCAGGGGGACUUGGAGCUCCCUAUGGAAAGGAUGGUGUCCCAGUUGGAGCAGGCACUGGUGGGGCUGGUGGUGCAGGGGCACUUGGAGCUCCCUAUGGAAAGGAUGGUCUCCAGUUUGGGGCUGGUGGGGCUGGUGAAGGGGGAUUUGGAGAGCCUUUGUAUGGUCCAGAUGGUAAGCAGCUUGGAGCAGGUGUUGGUGCAGCUGGUGCUGCAAGUGCAAGGGGACUUGGAGCUCCCUAUGGAAAGGAUGGUCUCCCAGUUGGAGGAGGUGCUGGUGGGGCUGGUGGGGCGGAUGCAGGGGGACUUGGAGGUCCCUAUGGAAAGGAUGGCCUCCCAGUUGCAGCAGGUGCUGGUGGGGCUGGUGGUGCAGGGGGACCUGGAGCUCCAUAUGGAAAGGAUGGUCUCCCAGCUGGAGCAGGUGCUGGUGGGGCUGGUACAGGCGGAUUUGGAGCUCCCUAUGGAAAGGAUGGUCUCCCAGUUGGAGCAGGCAUUGGUGGUGCAGGGGGAUUUGGGGAGGCUUUGUAUGGUCCAGAUGGUCGGCCACUUGGAGCAGGUGUUGGUGGUACUGCUGGUGCUGGUGCAGGGGGACUUGGAUCUCCCUAUGGAAAGGAUGGCCUCCCAGUUGGAGCAGGGGCUGGUGGGGCUGGUGGUGCAGGAGGACUUGGAGCUCCAUAUGGAAAGGAUGGUCUCCCAGUUGGAGCAGGCAUUGGUGGGGCUGGUGGUGCAGGAGGACUUGGAUCUCCCUAUGGAAAGGAUGGUGUCCCAGUUGGAGCAGGCAUUGGUGGGGCUGGUGUUGGUGGUACUGCUGGUGCUGGUGCAGGGGGACUUGGAUCUCCCUAUGGAAAGGAUGGCCUCCCAGUUGGAGCAGGGGCUGGUGGGGCUGGUGGUGCAGGAGGACUUGGAGCUCCAUAUGGAAAGGAUGGUCUCCCAGUUGGAGCAGGCAUUGGUGGGGCUGGUGGUGCAGGAGGACUUGGAUCUCCCUAUGGAAAGGAUGGUCUCCCAGUUGGAACAGGUGCUGGUGGGGCUGGUACAGGCGGAUUUGGAGCUCCCUAUGGAAAGGAUGGUCUCCCAGUUGGAGCAGGUGCUGGUGGUGCUGGUGGUGCAGGGGGACUUGGAGCUCCCUAUGGAAAGGAUGGCCUCCCAGUUGGAGCAGGUGCUGGUGGGGCUGGUGGUGCAGGCAGACUUGGAGCUCCCUAUGGAAAGGAUGGCCUCCCAGUUGGAGCAGGGGCUGGUGGUGCUGGUGGUGCAGGGGGACUUGGAGCUCCCUAUGGAAAGGAUGGCCUCCCAGUUGGAGCAGGCACUGGUGGGGCUGGUGGUGCAGGGGGACUUGGAUCUCCCUAUGGAAAGGAUGGUCUCCCAGUUGGGGCUGGUGUUGGUGGUGCUGGUGCAGCUGGUGUAGGGGGACUUGGAUCUCCCUAUGGAAAGGAUGGUCUCCCAGUUGGAGCAGGUGCUGGUGGUGCAGGGGGAUUUGGGGAGGCUUUGUAUGGUCCAGAUGGUCGGCCACUUGGAGCAGGUGUUGGUGGUACUGCUGGUGCUGGUGCAGGGGUAUUUGGAUCUCCCUAUGGAAAGGAUGGCCUCCCAGUUGGAGCAGGGGCUGGUGGGGCUGGUGGUGUAGGGGGACUUGGAGCUCCCUAUGGAAAGGAUGGCCUCCCAGUUGGAGCAGGGGCUGGUGGGGCUGGUGGUGCAGGCGGACUUGGAGCUCCCUAUGGAAAGGAUGGCCUCCCAGUUGGAGCAGGGGCUGGUGGGGCUGGUGGUGUAGGGGGACUUGGAUCUCCCUAUGGAAAGGAUGGUCUCCCAGUUGGAGCAGGCAUUGGUGGGGCUGGUGCUGGUGCAGGAGGACUUGGAGCUCCCUAUGGAAAGGAUGGUCUCCCAGUUGGAGCAGGUUCUGGUGGGGCUGGUGGUGCGGGAGGACUUGGAGCUCCAUAUGGAAAGGAUGGUCUCCCAGCUGGAGCAGGGGCUGGUGGGGCUGGUACAGGCGGAUUUGGAGCUCCCUAUGGAAAGGAUGGUCUCCCAGUUGGAACAGGCACUGGUGGGGCUGGUGGUGCAGGGGGACUUGGAGCUCCCUAUGGAAAGGAUGGUCUCCCAGUUGGGGCUGGUGGUGCUGGUGGUGCAGGAGGAUUUGGAGAGCCUUUGUAUGGUCCAGAUGGUCGGCCAUCUGGAGCAGGUGUUGGUGGUGCUGGUGCAGCUGGUGUAGGGGGACUUGGAUCUCCCUAUGGAAAGGAUGGUCUCCCAGCUGGGGCUGGUGGUGGUGGUGCAGGGGCAGUCAGGGGUCCCUAUGGAAAGGAUGGUCUCCCAGCUGGGGCUGGUGGUGGUGGUGCAGGGGCAGUCAGGGGUCCCUAUGGAAAGGAUGGUCUCCCAGCUGGGGCUGCUGGUGGUGGUGCAGGGGCAGUCAGGGGUCCCUAUGGAAAGGAUGGUCUCCCAGCUGGGGCUGCUGGUGGUGGUGCAGGGGCAGUCAGGGGUCCCUAUGGAAAGGAUGGUCUCCCAGCUGGGGCUGCUGGUGGUGGUGCAGGGGCAGUCAGGGGUCCCUAUGGAAAGGAUGGUCUCCCAGCUGGGGCUGCUGGUGGUGGUGCGGGGGGAGCUGGAGUUCUCUAUGGAAAAGAUGGUUUCCCAGCUGGGGCUGUGGCAGGAGCUGCUCAUUUUCCUCCUGGAGGUGAGGAAGCGAUGGGAUCUGGCCGUGGCAGGGAUGCCACGCUGAGCAGAGCUCUGGGAUAUGCAGGUGGAGGAGGAGGAGAGGGCUUUUCUGGGGAAGGCUCAGCACUGUGGGGUGCAGGGUCUCUCUAUGGCAAGGACAGAGGGUCAGCUGUAGCCAGGGCCGGUGCAAGUGGCAUUGGGAGGUUGGGAGGGGAUGAACAGGAUUCAGUCCGUGGUAAAGGAGGUGUGGGAGGUGCUGGUGGACCAGAUGGUGGGUAUGGGCUGGAUGCACGUCUUGGCAGAUCUUUGGGAGGUGAAACUGGAAAGGGCACUGCCAGUGAUGUCAGAGGGCCAGGGAACAAAGGUUCAGCUGAUGACAGAGGGUCCCUGUCAGGUCCAGAAGGAGCCAGGGGAGAGGGCAGAGAUUUUGGACAGUUGGGCUCCCUUGAUGGCACAAAUUCUGCCUUUGGAGGGGCAGGGAGUAAAUCCCAUGACAGAUCUGUUGACGGGAGUAGUUCAGGUGGGUUUGGUCAAGGUCCACUGAGUUAUGGCCAGAUGGCAGGUCCUUUUGGUGGACCUCCUUCAGCAAACCAGAGAAAGCAGGAACCUGACCUGGAUCUUAAAGCAAAUGAUUCCCUGAACAGCACAGAAAGCACAGGCCAAAGGAAACGGAGUGCCCUGGAUGAUCUCAAAGUGCCACGCUGUUACCUCAACAAGCAGCUGGCAACCAUGCGAGUGCUGAAGGGGGACCCAGCUGAGCUGUCCUGCACUGUCAGCAGGGACAAUGUGACAGGAACCUGGUUUAAGGAUGGCCUAAAGUUAACAAGCAUGGAUGGAGUCAUCUUUGAAAAGAAAGGUCUUGUCCACAAACUAAUCAUUAACAAAGCUGAAGAUAUUCAUGCUGGGAAAUACAGGUUUGAAGGUGGAGAUGUAAAAACUGAAGCUUCAAUUUUUGUUGAAGAUCCUCCCCAGGUGGACAAAGUCCUCCUCAAGAACUUGACCAGUGUCCCCAUGGUGGCCAAGGCCGGGGAGGGGCUGAAGCUGCGGAUCCCAUUUGAGGGCCGGGGGCCCAUCAGGGCCACAUGGCUGAAGGACAGGAUGGAGCUGGGGGAUGACACCAGGAUCCGUGUGGACAAGACAGACACCUGCACCACACUGUCCAUCUCCAGCUGUGACAGGAGGGACUGUGGAGAUUACAAAGUCAGGCUCAAGAACGACAGUGGCAUCCUGGAGAUCAACCUAGAGCUCGUGGUGAUAGACAAGCCACAGCCCCCAGCAGGACCCAUCAAAAUUGUAGAAAGCUCCGCCAGCAACAUCACAAUCCAGUGGAAGCCCCCAAAGGACGAUGGGGGCAAACCAGUGCAAAGGUACCUCGUGGAGAGGCAGCAGAUGGGCAGGAACAACUGGGAGACUUUGGGAGAAACCCCCAGGAGCUGCACCAGCUUCACCACAAGCAAAGUGGAGGAAGAGAUGAGCUACUACUUCAGGGUGAGGGCCAUGAAUGCCGAGGGAGUGAGCGACGCGCUGGAGUCGGGGGAAGUGAAGGCUGCUGGUAAAGCUUCUCCUGGUGCCCCAGAUCCCCCCAAGAUCAUCAGUGCCAGCAGAGACACCAUCACCAUAUCCUGGAAAGCUCCUUGCAAAACUGGCACUUCCCAAAUUAUGGGAUACAUUGUUCAGAAACGCAAGAAGGGCACUGUGACCUGGCUGCCAGUUACCAGCAUGCCUGUCAAAGACAAGAAGCUGAAGGUGACCGGCCUCAAGGAGGGUGUGCAGUACGAGUUCCGGGUGGCAGCUGUCAAUGCUGCUGGCACGGGACAGCCCAGUGACCCCUCCGAGCCCUCCUUUGCCCAGGACCCCACCAAAUCUCCAGGCCAAGUGCAGGACCUUAAAGUGAGCAGCAGUGACAGCACCAGUGUCACCUUGACAUGGAACAAACCUGAAGUACAAGAUGGGAAUGAUGUGAAAGGCUACGAGGUGGAGAAGAGGCCCUGUAACAGCCUCAGCUGGACCAAAUGCUUCACCCUCCCUGCAGAGAGCACCUCGUGCAGGGUUCAGGGGCUGCGGGCCGGGGAGAAGCUGUUCCUGCGCGUGAGGGCCCUCAGCGACAGCGGCCCCGGAGAGGCCUCCGAGCUCGAGGCUUGUGCUGGAGCUGCUGCUCCUGUGGUCUCUCCCAGAUUACUGAUAGAUGACACAGUGAAAAGGUUCCUGGUUAUAAAAGCAGGGAAUCCCAUCCGGGUGAAGAUUCCCUUUGAGGGGUCUCCAGAGCCAGUGGUGACCUGGUUAAAGGAUGGACUCCCCCUUCCCAGCCGGGCUGCUGUGAACACCGAGGAUGGAAGCACCCAGCUGCUGCUCAGGGCAGCUGAGCUCAGUGAUAGUGGCACCUACACUGUGGAGCUUGGGAAUGGGCUGGGGAAAAGGGAAACCUUCAGCUUCCAGGUUCAAAUUACAGACAUCCCUCAGCCCCCUGGAGCCAUCCGGCUGGAGGAGAAUGUGCCCAAUACAGUGACAGUGACCUGGGACCCCUCAGCAUCUGAGAAGUGGGAGAAGAACCUGUAUUACACUGUCCUGAAACGGGAAUCCCAGAAGGGUCUGUGGCAUGUGCUGGGGGACCUGAUCUACAACAACAAGUUCACCUUCACCACGGUGGUCCCAGGCAGGGAUUAUUACUUCAGGGUCGUGGCAAAAAACGACCUGGGAGCCAGUGAUCCCUCAGAGACUGUGAAGCCCUGGAGGAUCUGGAAAACAAAGGCUGAAUUUCGAGUGAAAGCACCGAAAUACAGGGGAGUUAACCAGAACCAGCCCCCGAGGUUCCUGGUGCCGCUGAAGCCGCACGUGGUGGUGACGGGCAGCGAAUGCCACAUGAGCUGCGCCGUUGGAGGCCACCCCCCGCCCAAAAUCACAUGGUACAAGGACAGCAGAGACCUCUCCGGAGAUCCCAACUACUUCUGCACGAACGACUUCGGAGUGUGCUCCCUGGUGGUGCUGGGGGUCACCAAGCAGGAUGAGGGCGAGUAUAUGGUGGAAGCCAGCAAUGAAGCGGGCCGUGCCUUCAGCAAAGCCUUCCUCGCCAUCAAAGACUCCUCCCUGUAGCGUGGCCCUGCUGAGAGCAUCCCUGCACAGCUCCGAGGAUGAGAAGGUUGUGGUGAGGACUGGUCCAAAUGAGGGCUGUGCGUUCAUUGUCACGUGUUCAUUACAGUCAGAGGGGGUUAUUUUUCAGAUUCAGUAAUUGCACUUUGAACAUGAUGCUGCGUUGUCAUCAAAACUGGGGGAAAAAAGCUUUAAGAGCAUUGUAUUUUUUUUUUUAAUGAUCAGGCUUCCCAUGAGACCUUUAAAACACAGCUUAGAAACUUCAGGAACGCAGAAGAUGAGAGGAAAAAUAAUUGGCCAAAAUGAAACUUUCCGUGGAGAACACAGGUGGGAGAGACCCUCCUGCCACACCACUCACCUGCAACAAGGACAUUUCUGGACACCAGGGACCUCUGGUCCUUUCACACAUGCUUUUUUAAGCCAAAACAAUCACUUUGGAUUCCAUGUGAUUCUCAGCAGGUUUCCCAAAUCUGGCAGAAGCAGUUCUGGAUCUGUUCUACUACCAGUAGCAGCUAAGUAGAUUAUCUUCCCUAAUCUCUAAGUUAAAAAGAGCAUCUGCUUGCUCAUUUUAUCUGGGCAGGAGAUGAAAUCUCAGACCAGCCUGGCAUGGAGUAGGUGAAACUCCCAGUGCAAAUGCACUGGUGGGAAGGACUGGAAGUCUACAACCAGUGUGUGAGCAGAGCAACUCCCAAAACCCUCAGCACAAAGGCUGUGCCAGUCCUGAACCACCCCCAGCAUCACCUGCGCAUCCCAACUGCCCGUGGUCAUGGCACUGCUGGGAGGCUUUUGCCUCCUGCAGAAAGAGGUGAAAAAUCCUUCCUGUCUGACCAGAAAUGCGAGGUACCCUGAGGGACCUCCUGCCGUGGCCAGGGGUUCCCCUCACUGCACCUGGACAGCAAAAUGUUCUGGUGGCUGUAGGAAGGUGUCACAGCCAAGGUACUUUGUGACAGGAGAGAGCAGAGCCAAACUCAGCUGUGGGGCUGGAAUGUUCCUCUGAUUACAUUUUGUACAAUGUUGUACGGAUGUAGCAGCAGUAGUAGAUUAUGAAAUUAAAUCACAAUUCAGUAAAAUCUA